UUAGAUUAGAUAAUACUAGUUUAAAUCAAAUAUGUAUCAUUAUAUAUAUGAAACUUCUAUUUGAAAGAUCCUCCAUCGAUUGAUCGAUCGAUUUAUAAAUACUAUAAAUAAAAAAUGAGGUUAAGUUUGAUAUGAAGUAAUUGGUAAUCAAUAUAAGACAUAUGUUGCUAUAAUUAUAGACAGAAUUCAUUAUAGAGUUACAGAAAUAGUUUUUUCUGAGUAUCUUGACAUCAUGAUAUAAGAUCAUGAUAUAUUAUAUACCAAUAUAAUGGUAUAGAAAAAAAGAAUGUUGAGCUUGAAAACAUAUUUUAAGGUUAUCGAAAAUGAAGAGAGGAUCUUGUAUAAUAUCAUAAAUUAUUACAGAUAUUAUAUGAUAAAUAUUAUUACUUAUAUAUAAAAAUACGUGACAAUUCUUAAUGAUUUAUUAAAUUUUGACACUAUUAUUUCGAAAGUCAUAUUUUGAAUACGUGUUCAUGGUGACAUACUUAAUCAUAACAGUAAUCGCAGUUGACAAUACCAGAGUUUAAUAUAGCAUGCCAAAUCAAAAAUGGAUCAAAACGAGCAUCUUUAUAUUGUUUUUCCUUGGCACUUUGGAAAUCUCCAUUGGAAGUCCUAUCAGAGACAAAUCAAAAGGCGAAGAAGAAAUGCCUAUGAGCAACUGGACGCGACUUGCAGACGAAUGGCUCGCUUCCAGAACGAAUGUGGCAAAACAAUUGGAAGUCACCAUUUUACCAUUUACUGACUCAGUCAGAGAAUUACCACCGACCGCAGAAACUUUCAUCGUUAAUGGUACCAGUCCUGAUCAAUUACAACGAUAUAAUUAUUCUCGAAUGUUGUGGGAAAUGGAAAAUGUGCAACCAACCGGACAUUUGUCAGGGUUUGUGGAUAAAGCUUUAAAAUUACUAGACUUAAAACAAGUUAUGAUGGAAGUGGAAACAUCGGUGAUGUCAAAAGUGUCGUGCACAGCAUGCAAAGUUGGCGCAGGCCUUCUUCAACAUUACAUAAAGGUCGGAAAAGACGAUAAGCAAAUUAUGAAUAGUAUUUAUCAAUUUUGUGUAUCGCUAAAUAUUCAAAGUCCUCGAGUUUGUGAAGGCGUUACAUUGCUUUUUGGGGGAGAAGUAAUUUACGUACUCAAACAAGUUGAUAUGGGACCAGCGCAAAUCUGUAGUUUUGUUAUUGGUGACGCAUGCGAUGACACAUACAAUCCUCUACACGAGUGGGAAGUGGCAUUCCCGCCGGUGAAUAAACCACCAGUGAAACCACCAGUGCCUCCUCAAGAAGGUGCGCCGACCUUCAAAGUCCUUCAUAUCUCCGAUACUCACUACGAUCCUUACUAUCAAGAAGGCGCGAAUGCGGAUUGUAACGAACCGUUAUGCUGCAGAUUAACAAAUGGAUCGCCCCUGACACCAGCCGCAGCUGCUGGCCGAUGGGGUGAUUAUAGAAAAUGCGAUACACCGAAGAGAACCGUUGAACAUAUGCUCAAACAUAUCGUCGACACCCAUUCUGAUAUAGAUUAUAUUCUAUGGACCGGUGAUAUACCACCUCAUGAUGUGUGGAAUCAAACGCGAGAAGAAAAUUUGAAAGUUUUGCACGAUACAGUAAUACAGCUUAUUGAAAUGUUUCCCGGAAUACCGAUAUUUCCAGCACUGGGAAAUCACGAAAGUUCUCCUGUUAAUAGCUUUCCACCAUCAUUUGUUCCUAAAGAAAAUAGUAUAUCUUGGUUGUAUGAUGCGCUUGAUAAACAUUGGAGACGAUGGUUACCAGCAGGCGUUUCACACACUGUUCGACGUGGUGCUUUUUAUUCGGUUUUAGUACGACCAGGAUUUAGAAUCCUUUCUGUAAAUAUGAAUUACUGUAAUAACAAGAACUGGUGGUUGCUAAUAAAUAGCACGGAUCCAGUGAGUGAACUUCAGUGGUUGGUCUAUGAGUUACAAGGAGCUGAAAUGAAUGGCGAGAAAGUUCAUAUUAUCGGCCAUAUACCACCUGGACAUUCAGAUUGUUUGAAAGUGUGGUCUCGAAAUUAUUAUCAGAUCAUUAACAGAUAUGAAUCUACAAUCACGGCACAAUUUUUCGGGCAUACCCAUUACGAUGAGUUCGAACUAUUUUACGAUAUCGCUGAUUUUGGCAGAGCUCUGAGCAUAGCUUAUGUCGGACCAUCGGUUACUCCUUAUUAUGAACUCAAUCCAGGGUACAGAAUAUAUUACGUAGAUGGGGAUCAUCCUAAAACAACCAGGAUGGUCGUAGAUCAUGAAACUUGGGUAAUGAAUUUAAAAGAAGCGAAUCUUUAUGAUUAUCCUAUUUGGCACAAAAUGUACAGUGCUCGACAAGCAUAUCAAAUGUCAUCACUUUUGCCUAAGGAUUGGGAUUCUUUGAUAGAUAAAAUGAGCAAUGAGCCAUCACUUUUCGAUUUAUAUUAUAAACAUUAUUAUAAGAAUUCUCCUGUAAGACCAGCAUGUAGUGAUGAGUGUCGAAAGAGAUUACUUUGUGAUUUACGAAGUGGAAGAAGUCACGAUCGAAAAGUGCUAUGCCAGAGUCUUGAAUCUAGAAUAGAUAAUGAAACGAGAAUAGGCUGGCGAGCUUGGAUUUACAACGGACUUGCAUUUUCAAUGUCUGUUUUCAUGGCAAUCCCACGAUUUGCAUACAAUUUACCAAAGUAUGUACUAGGCCUGGGAUAGUGGAAGAGUGUAGAAUGAAAAAACUAAUGUGAUUUUUUUGUUAUUAAAUUAUUAAAUAUUUGCAAUGAUGACAAUGUUGUUUUAAAAACUACAUUACGUAUUUACAUACAAGAGAAUGUGAAAUACACGAAAGUAUAAUGGAAUUAUACUUUCAUUUGCAGAUAUAAAUUAUAACAUCAAGAUUCCUGUUAUGUUACAUAUAUAUAGGUAAACAAAUUUAUUUAACUAGUAAUAGAUGUACAGAAUAAAGUUUUUUUUUAUAGCAUC